GAUAUAAAAAAUAGCCAAUGUAAAAACGCAAAAUUAUCAUUAGACGUAAACAUCUAAAGCGACUUAGUUUGCUAUUUUAAUUGCUAAAUUAACGUUACGUAAAUGUACUAUAAAAACUAGGACUUUGCCCAAGUGGGUAUUGAAUUUUUUUUGAUUUGAGUAAAUGCUUCGUCCUGGGCUUCAGCUAGUUAUUCUUUUUUUAGCUGUACCUACACAAUAUUUGAUAUCAAAAUGGAUGACUCCGCAACAAGAGUAUGAACGUCAGUACCUGACUAGUAGAUUUCUUCGUGAUAGUAUUAAUCUGUUUAAAAAGCUCACUAAUGUUUCUGAAUGGAAUAGCAUUAUUUCACAAUUGCAUUACAAGCUUUUUUACUUGGAAAAUGGUGAAUGUCCUGCAAAAGAAGUUAUGCUAUAUAAUGAACCAAAUGGUUAUUUUGCAGAAUCACCAGAGCCACGAACAGAUCGUGCUAAUGUUAAAUACCGAAUUGGACAGGUUAUAAUUCAUAAAAAGUCUGGGUUUAAAGGAGUUAUAUCAGGCUGGGAUUACAAAACAAAAGCUCCAGAUCUUUGGAUACAAGCCAAUAACUUGGAUAAAUUUUUGCUGAAUCAACCAAGCUAUUCUAUUUUGGUGGACACUAAGUCUCGAGUAAAUUUCAAGAUUGCUUAUGUUGUUGAAGACCAUCUAGAAGUUGUUUUAAACCAUGAGGUUGAUCAUCCAGAUAUAAUUGACUAUUUUGAGUUAUUUGAUGGCUCUCAAUAUCUUGCUCGUCCCUGGCUUAAAGAACUUUAUCCUUUAGACUGAUUUCUUUUUUUUUUUUUUUAAUUUGUUUUUCUAUGUUAUAAAUAUUUAAAAAUGUUCUUUA